AUGCUGUUGACCCGUGGCAACGUCCUCAACCAUCAAAGACGAACUAUCUUUGCCGGUGUCUCGCCCUUCAUACUGGUUCCUGGGGUCUUUGUGGGCCUUCUCAUAGGCCAUUGGAUACACAAAUGUUUGCUCAUGGUCUUGUUCCAGAACAAGAUUAUCUACAUGCCAUCUCUUCCUCCAGGCUCAAGACGCGAGAAACUGGAUGACUAUUCAAAGACAUGGGCUGGCGUGUCUUGGGAAGAGCACAAGAUCAAAUCAUCGGAUGGCACGAAACUCUCUGUCGCUAUCGCGCGUCCAGAGGACUCGAUGAUUCCCGUUCGAAACAAGGACAAGCAGGUAGUUGUACUUUACUUCCAGGGUAACGGUGCUUCCAUCCCGCCUCGCACACCAAUGCUUUCGAAUAUCCUCAGAGCUGCGGCAAAAGAUUCUCCACACCAUUGGACCUUACUCGCACUGUCUUAUCGCGGAUACUGGUCUUCUUCAGGACGUGCUCAUCAACGUGGCAUUGAGAAAGAUGCCCAAGCUUUUGUCGAUUGGGCUAUCCGAACCUAUGGGCAGGAUCCAGAGUGUACUGAAUUGAUCCUCUGGGGCCAGAGCAUUGGAUCUGGAGUCGCUGCAUAUGCCGCGUCGAAGUAUCAGGAGUCAUUAAAAGAUACCAACACUGCUCCGAUAUCCCGGCUCAUCUUGGAGACGCCGUUCAUCAGCAUUAAAAGUAUGCUUGCAGCAAUCUACCCUGACUGGUGGGUGCCGUACAAACACCUCUGGCCUUUCCUUCGCAGCUGGUGGGACAGCGAAAAAGCCUUGCGCACGAUUGCAGAUGCGCCAUGUCCACCUAGGAUUCUGAUGGUGAUCGCUUCUGGAGAUGAGAUCGUCCCUCGAGCUCAAGCCGACCAAUUGGAGCAGCUUUGCAAGGAUCUGAGCUUCGACGUCACCAGAAAAGAUGUACUGGGUGCUUUGCAUACCCAAGCCAGUACUCUCGAGCAGGGUAAGAGAGUCAUCUCGACUUGGAUGAGAGGCGAAAAAGUGUGA